UCAGGUGCCACUUAUCCUGACCUUUAGACUCUUGGCUGCGGGCUGCUGCGGGGACAUCUCAGUGGCCCUGCCUGUGAGUGCCCCUGGCCCCUGGUGCUUCAGGCCCUCCCGGCAACACUUGUGUCUAAGAAAAUGGUGCCACCAGUCACGUUGCCUGAAUCAGAAAUCUCUCUAGCUGAAGACUUUUCUGCGAAUCCCCAUUAUCCUCAGCACAAAACCGAAUCAAUACCUGAUGUUUCCUACACCUUUGCACAUCCAGCACAUGACACGCCUGGCAUGUAACAAGUGCCCAAUUAACAGUAUCCGGAGUGUGAUGCAGAAAUAUCUCGAGGAGAGAAAUGAAAUAACCUUUGACAAGAUUUUCAGUCAGAAAAUUGGUUUCUUGCUAUUUAAAGAUUUUUGUUUGAAUGAAAUUAAUGAAGCUGUACCUCAGGUGAAGUUUUAUGAAGAGAUAAAAGAAUAUGAAAAACUUGAGAAUGAGGAAGAUCGCCUUUGUAGAAGUCGACAAAUAUAUGACACCUAUAUCAUGAAGGAGCUGCUGUCUUGUUCUCAUCCGUUCUCAAAGCAAGCUGUAGAACAUGUACAAAGUCACCUGUCCAAGAAACAAGUAACAUCAACUCUUUUUCAGCCAUAUAUAGAAGAAAUUUGUGAAAGUCUUCGAGGCAACAUUUUUCAAAAAUUUAUGGAAAGUGACAAGUUCACUAGAUUUUGUCAGUGGAAAAAUGUGGAGUUAAAUAUCCAUUUGACCAUGAAUGAUUUCAGCGUACAUAGGAUCAUUGGGCGAGGAGGAUUUGGUGAAGUCUAUGGUUGCAGGAAAGCCGACACUGGAAAAAUGUAUGCAAUGAAAUGUCUGGAUAAGAAGAGGAUCAAGAUGAAACAAGGAGAAACAUUAGCCUUAAAUGAAAGGAUUAUGUUGUCUCUCGUGAGCACUGGAGAUUGUCCUUUCAUUGUCUGUAUGACCUAUGCCUUCCAUACUCCAGAUAAACUCUGCUUCAUCCUGGAUCUGAUGAAUGGGGGUGAUUUGCACUAUCACCUUUCACAACACGGGGUGUUUUCCGAGAAGGAGAUGCGGUUUUAUGCCACUGAGAUCAUUCUGGGACUGGAGCACAUGCACAAUCGCUUUGUUGUUUACAGAGACUUGAAGCCUGCGAAUAUCCUCUUGGACGAACACGGGCACGUUAGGAUAUCAGAUCUCGGUCUGGCCUGUGAUUUUUCCAAAAAGAAGCCGCAUGCAAGUGUUGGCACCCAUGGGUACAUGGCUCCAGAGGUGCUGCAGAAGGGGACGGCCUAUGACAGCAGUGCCGACUGGUUCUCCCUGGGCUGCAUGCUUUUCAAGCUGCUGAGAGGUCACAGCCCUUUCAGACAACAUAAAACCAAAGAUAAGCAUGAAAUAGACCGAAUGACACUCACCGUGAACGUGGAGCUCCCGGACACCUUCUCCCCUGAACUCAAGUCCCUUUUGGAGAGCCUGCUCCAGCGAGACGUCAGUCAGCGGCUAGGCUGCCGAGGCGGCGGCACACAGGAAGUGAAAGAGCACAGCUUUUUCAAAGGCAUUGACUGGCAACAGGUCUACUUGCAAAAGUACCCUCCACCCUUGAUUCCCCCCCGGGGAGAAGUCAAUGCUGCCGACGCCUUUGACAUCGGCUCGUUUGAUGAAGAGGACACCAAAGGAAUCAAGCUUCUUGAUUGUGACCAAGAACUCUACAAGAACUUCCCUUUGGUAAUCUCUGAGCGCUGGCAGCAGGAAGUGGCGGAAACAGUUUAUGAAGCAGUAAAUGCAGACACAGAUAAAAUUGAGGCCAGGAAGAGAGCUAAAAAUAAGCAACUUGGCCACGAAGAAGAUUAUGCUCUGGGAAAGGACUGUAUUAUGCAUGGGUACAUGCUGAAACUGGGAAACCCAUUCCUGACUCAGUGGCAGCGUCGAUAUUUUUACCUCUUUCCAAAUAGACUUGAAUGGAGAGGAGAAGGGGAGUCACGCGAUUCCUGGAGUAUUUAUCCAAAAAAACAUAAACUGCAAAAUUUACUGACAAUGGAACAGAUUCUGUCAGUGGAAGAAACUCAGAUUAAAGACAAAAAAUGCAUUUUGCUGAGGAUAAAAGGAGGGAAGCAAUUUGUCUUGCAAUGUGAGAGUGAUCCUGAGUUUGUACAGUGGAAGAAAGAGUUGACAGAAACAUUCACCGAGGCCCAGCGGUUGUUGCGCCGGGCUCCAAAGUUCCUCAACAAACCGCGGCCGGCUGCUGUGGAGCUCUCCAAGCCGCCGCUCUGCCACAGGAAUAGCAACGGCCUCUGACAACCGGACAGGGAGGGCCUGGGGAACACUGGGCCUCCGGGAAAUCUGCACCAGGUGUUGGCAGCCCUUGCAGUGGGGCCUUUUGGAGACACAUGAGGAUUAGAAGUUCGACACACUUAUCUCUGGGGUCCUUCCGUGCCCAGGAAGACCCAAGAUGCUCCUAACAGGAGGGGUGACCACUCUCAGGCGCCACUCUCCCCCUCCCUCUGAGUGCCUCCCACCGCCAUCACACCUUUCCGCACUCAAAACUACUGAAGAACUGAAAGUUCUUUGUCUUUGCUACACACUUAUUUUGGUAUAUACGUCCCUAGAACUUGAAAUGAUUCUUACUUGUCACUUCAAUUUUUACAUCUAUAUCAAACAUAUCUUAGACUUGCCAAGAUGUAAUUGCACUGUCUUCAGUGUUGGGUGAUGGGCGGCCCUAGCAUUGCCAUAUUUUUUAUGUAUAAACAGCCACCUGCUGGUUGUAUGUCUUCGCUCCAUAUUGCUGUGGGAUGGGAGAUCGGCCAUGUGUUCCUUAUGUGCACUUCAGAACCGACUUCUUCUCAUCCUGGGGUGGAAAGCUUGAAGCUGUUUUCUGAAAGGUUACCAUUGGGUCCUCACGAACGCUGGCCCACCUCACAGGGCGCCUUUAGCCAGUGGGACUCGGGUUCUCAGGGGGCCUGGGUGUCCCUCGUACCGAAGGCGUCAACAGCACAUCCUUGCAAAGGCCGACCUCCAUCUGAAGAAGAGGCAGUAGGGUUUUCAACUUCAGGGUAAUAGUGAUUUUCAAAAAUCUUCAAGUCCAACUCGCUCAAGUUGACAAACAGCACUUUCAACAUGUCUGGGUGUGUGUGAAUGCUGGCGUGAGUCUAUCUUGGGUUUCGACAGUAAGCAGUUGUGUGACAUAGUAAUUCUAGUUCCUUCUGCCUGACCUCAGGAAACAUAUCAGUAAUGGAUGUGUGACAGGAGGAAAGAAUUGCUCUGUUGUACACUUGAGGAUCUUCUUAAAUGGAUUUUAUCAAAGAAGGAAUGCUGAAGAAUGAAUGUGUCAAAGCGGGUUAGCUGUGUAUGUUGACUUUUACAUCGUCAUUUACCUGUUUCAGGCAAAUGGACUUUGCACUGGAUGGCUUGUUCUCUGACAGUGAUAAUUGGAGAGCAUCAAGGCUUUGUGCACAAUCCCAGUGGCCCCUCUCCCCACAGUUCCUUUCCCCCAAUGCUUUCCAGGCCCUUUCUAUGCCCCAAAUAAAUGCUGGGUCAUAAAUGUCAGUGUGUUUCCCAGCAAAGCCGUCCAUGUCAUCAGACUAAAAAUAGUAAUUUUCAAAGUCUGCAUAUUUGUCCUAUUCUUAGUGCAAUUUUAUUGUAUGUUUGUAAGUUAGUUACUAACAAUAUAACUGACUUGGCAUUAUAAUUAUUGCAUCCUGUCCUCGAUAUUUUUAGUGAUUCCAAAUCCUUGUGUUAACAUGUACAUGCUAUGUGGAAUGGGAAGUUAAGUACUUUUUAAUGAAAUUAUAUUUUGAGAGCUUGGAAGAUGAUUACUGAAAGAGUCUUGUACUUCAUAGGAGUUAUUUUGGAACAGAAAUGUUGAUGUUCGCUGCCCAUCGCCAUUACUGUAAUAGUUGGAACUUAAAUUGGCAUCCAUGUUCUACAUCUGCUAUUUCCAGUAGAGGGGGGAGGGUGUACGCUUUCCAUGCAUCCCCAUAUUUAGAAGGGGAAAGCAGUAUCCAAACUGCUCUUUCAGAAAACGAAAACCACCAGAAACAAAAAAGCAGUCGUUCUUCGCAGCAAGUGUCUCCCUGCCACGACUGAUUCUAGCAGCCUCUGCCUCGGGUGGCCCCGGCACAGGCGGGCCUGUACUCUCCCAGGCUAGAAGCCCCUGCGGCUCGUGGUGAGAAGGUGCACAGCCUCCUGCAGGGUCUGGGCUUUGUGUCUCACAUGUCAGACCUGGGGCAUUCGCUCCACCAGUUCACAUCUCUUUAAAAAAUACAAUUUUUGCUCUGGAACAGAACAUCAUGUCAAUCUCAAAGAAAUAUGAAUUGAAAAAUAUCCUAAGAGCCUUUUUGCUUCAAACUUCAUCCAACCCAUAUUCGAUUUAUAAUGAUGUGGCUGAGAAACCCAUCUAGAUGGCCUGCCCAUCCAGAUGGCCUUUGUUUAGAGUGCCCUGUGAGAUUAGGAUGAACAGCUUUUGAGGGUCUGUGCUGGGGUCUGGUUUGCAACCUGGACUUGUACAACAGACUUUCUUUUGGGGUCGAUGCUUGUGCUGGCAGAGAGAAGGCACUGCUGCCGCCCUCCUGUGCCAGGUCCCGGUGCCCAGUGGUCCAUAAGCCAGCUGGUUGAGACAUCUUGGUAAACUCGAGUUACAUCAGUCCUAGAUGUGUGAGUUAUAUCUGUCUGAGGUUUGGUCAUUUCAAAAGGACAACAGCACAAAUCUCCUUAUUUUAGCUUUAUAUGGUUAGGGUAUUUUAACAUUGUCAAGGAAGAUAAAGUUAUUAUUUUUAUAAAAUUAUGUUAUAAUAAAUCUUGAUUUCAUAAUUCAAAAGAAUCAAUAAAGCAAAACCUAAAAAAAAUAGAUUACUUUAAGCUGCUGUACAACACAUAUGGAAUAAAUUUAAAACUUUUGUGAAUCCAGGGUUUUAUUUUCACCUGAUGUCCCCUCAUGUAUUUGUCCCCUCAUGUCUGUAGAACUGAUGGUUUUUCCUUCUGUGUCAUGUAUAAUUUUUAAGCAAAACUCGUAGACAUAACUGUUGUUUCAUUGCUGGUGCAAAAGUACCAGGCCUCUGGUUGGUCAAUUCACUGACCAAUAGUGGUCAAUACUGACCACUACUCUCAAAUUCCGAAUAUAGAAAGAAGGGUCAAAUGUCAAGGUCCUCUGAGGAAAGGAAGUAUCCUACUGGAGAGAAAACAAUAAACAGCCAUCUGUUUCACACAAGAUUUAGCUGGAUUUGCAGUUUGAAAUAUGCUAGAUGGGUAUUAGAAACAAUUGUUUUAACGUCCUCAAAAUGAGUAUCGUUUACCAGUUAACAAUGAGAUUUAACUAGAUUUAAAAGAAAAACCACAGUGUGGUUUUUCCCAAUGAUGUUUUUUUUUUUUUUUUUUUUUAAUUUCAGUCAGUUGGUAGUUGAGCCAAUUCAAUGAAGCCUUUGACUUUUCUGUUGAAUUGAUUUUUCUGAUGUUUCAAAUUUUAACAUAUCAAGAAGAAAUCUCGAAAGUUGGACCUGUCACAUGACAUGAAUCUAUAAAAUUACUUUGAUGUGUGCGGGUAAAAGGCUUGCGUGAUUUAACCACGUGGAGUGUUUUCUCAGUUAGCUCUUGGGGAACUGCGUCCUUGUCACUCAGACACAACUGAAGAACGAACUCCCCUCCACCCCGAGGACUGACGUGUUGUUUGUGCUUCACUGUGAUCUGUGACAGGUGGUGGCCGGGAGGUGGGUAGGGUGUCCCCUCCCAGAAAAAAAACAGUGGUAGAAAUGGUGCAAAAGAAUGUGGAACUGCUGAGCCUUUUACAAAGCCAUUUGCUUCCCUUCAGGGUUCACUGUAGAAAUCAGGUUGCCUCCAGUCCCUUGGGGAAGGCGCACCCGACUGGGAGCUAAGGCAGUGCUGACCCUGCGCUCAUGCCUGCCUGGGGUGUCACCUCACUGCCAUCAGAGGGGCAGAGGCGGGGCCUGGGUGCAGUCUGUGCAGUGCCUGGCCUCAGCUGUGGACACUGUUACAAACCCAUCGCAGCCGCAAUAAGCCAUCCCAGCAGGACGGGGCUUGCCGCUUGGGCCGUGGCCCAUUUGUGCAGGGAGCUAUAAUAGUUUACAUUUUCAAAAUUUUUUCCCAUAAAGAUCUAACAUGAUUCCCCCUCCCACAUAAAGUUGACUCGAGAGGCUUGAAUUAGUUACUUAGAUUCAUGUUAAUAUAAAUUUUUGUCUCCGGGCCACAUUUUUUAGAAAAAUUCACAGUAGAAUUAAUGAAAGUUAACUCUAAAAUGAUACCCAUUGGUUUCCUCUAGUCCUAAUGGACUUUAGAGUUGCAUGGUCCUCAAGGCCUAAGAGAGCUGUCCCUUUGCAGUCCAGCAGCUGGGGUCCCCACUCUGAAGGCCUAGGGGGUGGGGGAAGCACAGUGGACAGCCACUUCGCCCACAUGGCUGGGUUAGUAUUGACUUGUAAAUGCAGCACCCCAAAUUUUGAAUUGCCUUUAUUUAAAACACACAGUACAGAACAUGGGCUAACAGUGUAUGCAUUUCCUCAAAACCCUAUAGAAAAGAAACGGCAUUUUAGAAUUAAAUAAAUCAUAUUCUUAUAGUGGAGUUAACUCUCCUAUACCUAACAAUCUCAAAGUCAUCUCUGAAAAUUGGUAACUACCCCCCGCCCCAUUUUUCAUUUUGUCCUUAUAUAAAAUGUCUUUCAUGUUAAGGGUAGGGAAUGGAGAAAUAUUUCUACUCGUGUUCAUAAUACAAAGGACUUGAAAUUUAAUUUCCUGUCUUAGUUGAUUGUAUUCCAUGAUGUAUAUAUUAUAUGUGGUUUAUAAGCUAAACACUGGCCAAUUUUAAGUUCUACUGUUAAAUCGUAUUUUUCUAUGUUUUAACUAAUUAUAAUAGAUUUGGCUUUUUCUGGGUAACAAAGAUUGCUAAACUGCAUAUAUAUAUAAAAAACAAGAGUUCUAUUUUAGCACAAAAGCAUUUUAUAUUAUUUAUUGAAUCCUUAAGUUUGUUUUCAUCAGAAACAUUCCUUACAUUUCUGCUCCUUUUGAUUUGUAUAGUUUGUUAUUUAAAGGAAUGGCAGUCCUUGCUGCUUUUCAUAAGGUAAAAUGGAAAUAAUGCUUGAGGCAGCGCGGGCACACACCCCUUCUCACUGCCAAGGGCGACUUCCACACUAGCUUCUCCUCGGGUCUGUGCUGAUUGGCGCGUGCAAUGUUUUGGUAACAUCUGACAGUGACCUUGCUGUGAAAUACUGCUUUCAUCUACCUCUUCAGAAGGCCUCCUGCUUGUUGACAGGUACCCUGAAGGCUUUAUUUGAAACUGGCUACAUUAUAAAAGAAUUGCAGUAAAACAUUUCAGCGUGAUUCCCUAGUGAGUGGGUUUGCUUUUACAGCCACGGUUGUUGGA